AUGCCGCCAGUACGUAACCCUAUUCUCCCCGGAUUCAACCCGGACCCCUCGAUUCUUCGAGUCGGGGAAGAUUAUUAUAUUGCGACAUCGACUUUUGAAUGGUACCCUGGAGUGCAAAUACAUCAUUCCAAAGAUCUGGCAAACUGGGAUCUACUCAUACGACCGCUGAACCGAAAGAGCCAAUUAGACAUGCGAGGAGAGCCAGACAGUUGCGGCGUCUGGGCUCCAUGCCUGAGUUACGAUGGCGACAUGUUCUGGCUAGUUUACACCGACGUCAAACGUAAAGAUGGCUCCUUUAAAGACGCCCAUAAUUUUAUCGUGACUGCUCCGGACAUCGAAGGGCCAUGGUCGGAUCCUAUAUUCGUCAAUUCGUCGGGUUUUGAUCCCUCUCUGUUUCAUGAUGAUGAUGGCCGGAAAUGGUUUGUCAAUAUGAUGUGGGAUCAUCGCAGCAGUCCCCGUGCUUUUGCUGGAAUCGCACUUCAGGAAUUUGAUCCUGUGUUAGGGAAGCUAGUAGGACCGCGAAAGAAUAUAUUCAAAGGCACGGAACUAGACCUCGUCGAAGGUCCACAUCUGUAUAAACGCAAUGGGUGGUACUACCUUUUGACUGCCGAGGGGGGAACAGCCUACGAACACGCAUGUACUCUUGCCCGUGCUCGAGAUAUUCGGGGUCCGUAUGAAGUGCACCCUCAGAAGCAUAUUCUUACAUCCAAGGAUGCUCCAUUUGCGGCUUUACAACGCUCUGGUCAUGGCAGUAUUGUGGACACUGAGGGCGGUAAGACAUAUCUUGUCCAUUUGACAGGGCGUCCUGUCGGACAGGAGCGGCGGUGUGUGCUAGGUCGAGAGACUGCUAUUCAGGAAGUAUACUGGCGAGACGAUUGGUUCUAUGUUGAAAACGGACCUGUUCCCUCACUAUACACAAACGUCCCCGGUGUGUAUGAUGAUUCGGAUUACUGGGCAAGAAAGUAUUAUCAGUUUGAGAACGGUCUUCAUAAAGACCUACAGUGGCUGCGAACACCCGAGACAGACCGAAUCUUUUCCGUCGAGAAUGGAAAACUCAUACUCAUCGGGCGGGAGUCAAUAGGGUCUUGGUUCGAGCAAGCCUUGGUGGCACGCCGACAAACCCAUUUCUCUUAUGACGCAGAGACGGUGAUUGACUUCUCACCGUCUGAUGAGCGACAAUUCGCUGGCCUUGUGGCGUACUACUGUCGAUAUAACUUUUUCUACUUGACCGUGACGGCUAAUUCGGACGGAGAACGUGAAAUAAGUGUGAUGAGCUCUGAAGCCUCUUGGCCAGAUGGCGACCUGAAAUUUCCUCAGCAAACACGGAUUGCAAUUCCUAAAGAGGGAAAGGUCAGACUAGCUUUGAACAUUCGUGGUGGUCAGAGCUUGCAAUUCUUCUACGCCCUCGAGGGACAGGAAUUAGAGAAAGUUGGCUCGGUUUUGGAUGCCUCGAUUUUGUCCGACGAGUGCGGAGGACACCAGGCGCAUGGAAGUUUCACUGGUGCAUUUGUCGGUCUAGCAUGCUCCGAUCUCAAUGGAACAGCGAGGGGGGCAGUGUUUGAUCAUUUUGUGUAUAGCCCGGUACAAGACGCCACGGAUCGUUAUGAGAUUGAUAGCCAAAGACACACCUAG